CUCUGGCGCACACGCCUCCUACCCAAAUCACAGCCCCAUGCAGCCCGGGCUCUCAUUCACAGCUUUCUAGAGAAAUCUGAGCUCCAACUGCCAGGGUAGGGGAUCUCACCCACCCAGUUCAGCCGCGAGGACACCUGCAGAAACACAUUCUCAAAGCAAGCCUGGGAGGCGGUGUGAAGGUAUUUGUUGCCUUUUUCUUCCUUCUGUGUUCGCAGAGCCUCCCCGCCCGUCCCCGCUCUAGCGGUGCCAUGGCUGCGGCGUUUCAGCACUUCGGCGCGUGGACAGCUCCCAUCUGCAAUCCCACUGCACUCCAUCCCUUCUGCACCCCACUCUUCACCGCCUCUGCGGUCCAUCCUCUUGCCACGCCACACAGCCUGCGCUCCCCAGCCAUCAGCACCCCAUCUCCACCAUCGCCGUCAUCAUCUCCACCAGCACCGGCGCGUAAGCAAUGGCUUCGGUUUCCCUCCUCUUUUGGAUGGCCACCACCACAUAGGGCCUGAAUGUCCUGCUGUUCUCCAAGGACAGAAAGAAGACUCUGUACCCGUCUGUUUGGGGAGCAGUCUUGUAGGGGAGCCAUCGAAUGGGCCACGGAUUCAGCACACUUCCAUGUGAAUGGGACCAGUUUCUGUUCUUCCCUCACCUCAGAGCUUAAGCACUUGGGAAGGAGAUUUGGCCAAGAUGACGCAUUUGCAGGCUGGGCUCAGUCCAGACACUAUAGAAAAAGCUCGUCUGGAACUGAAUGAAAACCCAGAUAUUUUACAUCAGGACAUUCAACAAGUCAGAGACAUGAUCAUCACCAGACCAGACAUUGGGUUUUUACGUACAGAUGAUGCCUUCAUUCUGCGAUUUCUUCGAGCCAGGAAGUUUCACCAAGCCGAUGCCUUCAGACUCCUGGCCCAGUACUUUCAGUACCGCCAGCUGAACCUGGACAUGUUCAAAAACUUUAAGGCAGAUGAUCCCGGGAUUAAGAGGGCUUUGAUCGACGGAUUCCCCGGAGUGCUGGAAAAUCGUGACCACUAUGGCAGGAAGAUUCUCUUGCUGUUUGCUGCCAAUUGGGAUCAGAGUAGGAACUCCUUCACGGACAUCCUCCGUGCCAUUCUCCUGUCCUUGGAAGUCCUUAUUGAAGAUCCCGAGCUCCAGAUAAACGGUUUCAUUUUAAUUAUAGACUGGAGCAACUUUUCCUUCAAGCAAGCAUCCAAGCUGACACCCUCUAUCCUGAAACUGGCCAUUGAAGGGCUGCAGGACAGCUUUCCUGCUCGCUUUGGAGGCGUCCAUUUUGUCAACCAGCCCUGGUACAUCCACGCCCUGUACACACUCAUCAAGCCAUUCCUUAAGGACAAGACAAGAAAACGGAUUUUCCUACAUGGAAACAAUUUAAACAGUCUUCACCAGCUAAUACACCCCGAGUUCCUGCCCUCUGAAUUUGGAGGAACCCUUCCUCCUUACGACAUGGGGACUUGGGCCCGGACAUUACUUGGCCCUGACUACAGCGAUGAAAAUGACUAUACCCAUACUUCCUACAAUGCCAUGCAUGUGAAACACACCUGUUCCAACCUGGAGAGAGAGUGCUCACCCAAGCCCAUGAAAAGAUCUCAGUCUGUGGUAGAAGCUGGGACCUUGAAACAUGAAGAGAAAGGAGAAAAUGAGAACACCCAGCCACUGCUGGCUCUGGACUGAGCCAGCCAGCAUCAUGUGACAUCUCCAGUGGAGCAACCGUCCAGCAAGCCUGUGCAACUGACCUACAGACACUCUGUGUGCUCUGCUUGACAUGAGGUCCUCCAUCCCAGUCCCAGCCAUGACUGUCAGCAACCAUUGGUCUGGGUAGCCCACACCGGACAAAGAUCUGAGAGACGCUUUUAAAAAUUUAACGAAUUAAUUUAUGUUUUAGUGAGGAAUGGUGACGGGGAUGAAGAAAGGCAUUUAUGUAAAAAGGAUUCUCCCCUCAUAUUUUUGGCAGCAAAUAUACUUCAAAAGGGGAAAAAAACCCUAAAUUAGUUGCAUAUACAUCACUCUAAAGACUCACACAGGAACCCUCUCCAGGUUUUGCAAAUUAAGAUGAAAUGCAUUCCGAAAUAAAUAAAACAGAGUUAAAAUGUGCAGACACAUCAGCAAGUUUAAUGUAGUGCUGAACCCCAGCAGCAGUAGCUCCAAUAAUUUCCAGUCCUAUUGACUUAUUUCCUGACCUCAUCACCAGCAUCUAAGUAGUCAGCCUAAGAGUGUGAUCUCCCACGUCUGGCUAUUUGCAAAGUUUUUCAUUUAAAUCUCUCUCCUACAAGAAUGAUUUGGACAUCGUGUUGCUUGUCAGACCAUCAGCUGACUUUCAUGAAUUGCUUUUUAAGACAAAGAGGCAGUUUGAAAAAAAAAGAGGCUGCUUCAUUGUAGCAAAGUGAUUUCCUGUAGGCGAAUGCCUACAGAGAGGGGGCAACUCAUUGGAACACACACCACACACCACACACACACACACACACACACUGGUGACUGAUUACCCUUUUAAGUUAAUUCUUGGGUUACUACAGCAAAAACUUGCUAUCAAAUAAGUCCCUUUGUCCCCAUGCUCCUAUUACCUGUGGAGAAAGGCCCUGAGGGGGCAGGCAUUCAAAUCUCACAGAAAGACCCUUAAGGAUGGAUCAGCAUGUAAGUACCAAGCUAAAGAGGACCAAGAAUGCAAGAUGAAAUGCCAAAGACCAGCCUACUUCCUUAUCCAUUCUCCUUAGAAAUGGAUCCCAGCCCCCAUGCAUAGGAAGUCAGACAGAGAACAGCAAAGGGGAGGAUAUUUUAUCUGUGCCAUGUUUCCUGAGACCAGCUGAGUAUGUGUAGAUACCUUAUUCUCUAGCAUCUGUACGACACAGACACUUACUAAUAUGACCAGAGUGAUAAUGUCAAAAUUUUUAAUUGCUAACACUUAUUAAAAUACUUUACAUUUUAAGCACUUGGUAGAGUGAUUUACUAGCUGAACAGCCUAAAGAAAAGAGGAAACCAAUUCAACUUACUUCCCGCCAUAAACACAAAACAUUACUGACUAUGGCCACUUCCCUCUCUCCAUCUCUCUCUUUCCCUGUUCCUUCCCACUUCUCUCCUCCUUACACUCCUCUCCUUUUCCUUUGUCUUUCUUUCUCUGUCUCCCUGUUACCCUCUCUUCUCUGUCUCCCUCCAAUGCUGAAGAUCAAACCCAGGGCCUAACCCCUGAGCCCUGAGCUACAAACUAGAUGUAUACUCCUCAGUUGAUCUACUGUUUUAUUAUUUUUUUCUACUGGCAGAGAAUAGUAACAGAAGCUAUUUUUAUGUUCCAACCUUGAAGAAGCAAAAUUGAAACAGAAUUUUAAAAUAUUUCCCAAACAAUUGCAUCAUAGUAUAUUAAAAAAAAAACCCUACCAAUUCAUUUUGUAUAGACCUUUAGAAUUGUAAAAUAAUAACCUUGAAAAAUGUUUACCAAGACAUGGAUGGAAAUUCUUUUCUUAUGACACAAGUAAGAGCGAGGAAAAAUUAAAGUGAAUUAGAAAAUCUUUUAUUGCUUGUGUUUAUAAGAUCAACGUGGGAUCCAAGUACUUAAAAUGCUGUUGGAGUGCACCACUGCCAACACUUGCAAAAGUAACGGUACUGCUGGCUUUUCACAAGGCAAGAUUUAGAAUCCUACUGUAAUGACCAUAUUUUAAAAAACAUGUUAUAUUUACUAAGUUAACAGCUAAUUUUCACUCAUUUCCUCCAUUUUAUUCCAUGGAUGUAAGGUGAUAGUUUAACAAUGAGAACACAUGGUUUGCAUUUCGCUAUGUAUAUGUAGUAUAGAGGAGAACUAAACCCAGCAGGUAACCGAGGGUUACUACAUGAACACUGGAUUGUAUUGCCUUUGUCAGUAAGUUCCUCUGUUUAAUAAAUACUGAAGAACACAAAUAA